CGCAGUCAGAGCUGGCAGCAGUGUAAGCGGCUGAGAGAGGAGCCGGACUGUUCCCCCCUGCUGCGGAAAAGCGAAGUGAUCUUACACAAUCCCGGUUGGGAGGGAAAGAAAAACACACACACACACAAUUGAGCAUUAUGUUCAGCUGGGUGAACAAGGAGCAAGGUGGAAGAAACAAAGAGGGCGACAUGUUUCAAACGGUGACUGAGGGACUUCAGAGUCUUUAUGCCAAAAAAUUACUGCCUUUAGAAGAAACCUACCUUUUCCAUGACUUCCAUUCACCUGCGCUGGAAGAAGCGGAUUUUCAGAGCAAGCCAAUGGUGCUUUUAGUGGGACAGUACUCCACAGGAAAGACUACUUUCAUAAGGUAUUUGCUGGAGCAGGAUUUUCCCGGUAUGCGGAUUGGGCCUGAGCCGACAACAGAUGGAUUCAUUGCUGUAAUGUAUGGGGAGAGUGAGGGAGUUGUACCUGGAAAUGCACUGGUGGUGGACUCCAAGAAACCUUUCCGGAAACUGAAUGCGUUUGGAAACGCCUUUCUGAACAGGUUCAUUUGCUCUCAGCUCCCCAACCAAGUUUUGCAGAGCAUUAGCAUCAUUGACACACCGGGUAUAUUGUCUGGAGAAAAACAGCGUAUUAGCAGAGGCUACGAUUUCUCUGAAGUUUUGCGAUGGUUUGGUGAGCGUGUAGAUCGCAUCAUCCUCCUCUUUGACGCCCACAAACUGGAUAUCUCUGAUGAGUUCUCUGAGGCUAUCAAAGCCUUUCGUGGACAGGACGACAAGAUCCGUGUGGUUCUGAAUAAGGCAGACCAGGUGGACACACAACAGCUAAUGCGUGUCUAUGGGGCCCUGAUGUGGUCUCUGGGCAAAGUUAUCAACAGCCCAGAGGUGGUAAGAGUUUACCUGGGCUCCUUUUGGGCCAAACCCCUGCAAAACACAGACAACCGUCGACUCUUUGAGGCUGAAGCACAGGACCUCUUCCGGGACAUCCAAGCAUUGCCACGCAAUGCUGCCCUGCGCAAGCUCAAUGACCUCAUUAAAAGAGCCAGACUUGCCAAGGUGCAUGCCUAUAUCAUCAGCUAUCUGAAAAAGGAGAUGCCUUCCUUGUUUGGGAAAGAGAAGAAGAAGGAGGAGUUGAUUGCACACUUACCUGAGAUCUAUCAAAUGCUGCAGAGAGAGCACCACAUCUCAGCUGGAGAUUUCCCAAGUGUCAAUAAGAUGCAGGAGCAACUCAUGCACUAUGACUUCAGCAAGUUUCCCUCCCUGAAAAUGAAGCUGAUUGAAUCAGUGGACAAGAUGCUGAGCAACAAGAUUGCACAGCUGAUGAACAUGAUCCGGGAGGAGGAAGGCAAACAGCCAUCUCAGAUGGUGACGGGUGGGGCUUUUGAAGGCUCCGUGGAUGGACCGUUUGGUCAUGGCUAUGGUGAGGGCAUCAGUGCUGGAGCAGACACUGAGGACUGGAUUGUGAGUCGUGACAAGCCAAGGUACGAUGAGAUCUUCUACACACUGAUGCCCAUUAAUGGUAAGGUGACCGGUGUCAAUGCCAAAAAGGAGAUGAUGAACUCACGCCUACCCAACACUGUGCUCGGAAAGAUCUGGAAGCUGGCUGACUGUGACAGGGAUGGCAUGCUGGACGAUGAAGAGUUUGCUCUUGCCCAGCACCUCAUAAAGAUCAAACUGGAAGGCUAUGAGCUGCCCUCGGAGUUGCCACCUCACCUGGUGCCUCCUAACCACAGGAAGAACCCCACUGCAGACAUCUUGUACAACAACCAGGACGACUAAGAGCUUGAUGUGACCACAUAAAAAACAGCUAUUCAUUUAUAAACAUUAGCCAACAAAUCAUAUCACAGCCUCUAUGGGAUGAUUCAACUUGUUUUGAUAUGAAUUACAAUAAAUUAUGUUUCUGUUGCUUGUUA